AUGCCGAAGAGAAAGCAGCGAGAAGUCGUCAAUCAAAAGAUGGCGCUGGCAACUAGAAGGAGAGCUCGCGGCCUGAACGGACUCAGCAAUUGUCAAGCCAACUCACCACUUCGUCGCCGACAGCCAUCCCAAGCCGUCAAGGAUAUUGGCCUAGCCCGACAAAGUCUUUCUGCGGCCACCGAAGCUCCGGCUUGUCCAUGUGCAAGCAGCCAACCGCUUCAAGCCCCUACCCACCACCAUAUUGAGAUUCCGAUACCGAUUACUCUUGCGCAGGGUUUGCUGCAAAUCCAGCACGAACUGCAGCAACAGAUCCAGCAAAUUCAGCAGGCUGUUCACAAAAAGAAGUCGGACAAGAAAACAACAGCGGCCAGGGUUCCUAUCACUUCUCGUAUUCGACAUCAGGACUCAUGGUAUGCUCAGGAAUACGACCCCUGUCCGGAGCCGUACGUCUCCUAA